AUGCUCUCACGUGUUGCUGCUGUGAAGGCACCCCGCACACACAACCGUCGCCGCGUGACCGGAUCCAGCGGAAAGAUGAGGGAAGGAAGAGAGAGUGAGCCGCAGAGGCCCAACAUGUCCCGGCAUGUGUUUACUUCCGCGGUGCUGCUUCUCCUUGUCGUUAUGAUGAUGUGCUGUGGCACUGGAGCUGUGACCUCCGAUGAGGAGCAUUCAACUAUUCCAAAUUUUGAAUGGACGGGCAUCACGAAUGAUAAGGAAGUUGUGGAAUCACUGGGUGUUCCCGGCCUUCUAAAAGUGGGGAAUGACGUAUUUGCCGUUGCCGAGGCGCAGUGCAAGAAGGAUGGAAACAGCGGCUUUUCUGGGAUUGCAUCCCAACUACUCACGAUGGGAAAAGGUAACGAACCGAAGGAAGUGCUGAAGGAUGCCAAAAAGGAUACACAAGUUCUGGAGGAAGGUACCUCCCCAGAGGAGGAGAGGAGAGUAGAUGUGAGCCGACCAACAGCAGUUGUGGAGGGAGGUAAGAUUUACAUGCUUGUUGGAAAACACAGCCAUGGAGAUGUCGCUGAAUGUAAGGCUACGAGCGAGAAGACCAAAUCGGGAAUAUUGCUGGUAAAAGGAAACGUCGGUGGUGAUGAAGCCGAGAAAAAAAUUCGUUGGAACGAUACUGACGGUCUCCCGUGCACUAUAGGCGAGGAACACAAAUCCCUGUCACAGCUGAUUCUUGGCGGUGGAUCGGGUGUCAAGUUGAAGGACGGCACUUUUUUUUUCCCCGUGGAAGCCACGAAAAAGAAGGAGAAGAAGGAGGAGAAAGAUGUGAAAACCGUUUCGCUGAUCAUAUACUCCUUGAAGGACACUAAGAGUUGGAAGCUGUCGAAGGGGAUGUCUGCCGAUGGCUGCGGUGAUCCCUCCGUCGUGGAGUGGAAGGAAAAACUCAUGAUGAUGACAGCGUGUGAUGAUGGCCGCCGCAGGGUGUACGAAAUCGGUGACAAGGGGGAAUCGUGGACGGAGGCACUCGGAACACUCUCGCGCGUGUGGGGCAACAAACAAAAGCGACAUGAGAAGGGCGUUACAAGCGGGUUAAUCACAGCGACGAUUGACGGUGUUGAUAGUGAUAAGAGGAAUGUGAUGCUCGUUACUCUGCCGGUGUAUUCCGAGAAGGACGGCAAGAAAAAGGGUAAACUCCAUCUUUGGCUGACGGACAAUGCGCACAUUGUUGAUAUUGGGCCGGUAUCCGGUGAUGAUGACGUUGCCGCCAGUUCCCUGUUGUACAGAAGUGCUGAGGGUGAAACUAAGGAGGAGUUGAUUGCACUGUACGAGAAGAAGAAGGAGGGCGGUGAGGAUACAGCAUCACUCGGUAUGGUCUCUGCGCUUCUGACAGCGCAGCUGCAGCGGGUGAAGGAGGUGCUGACGACCUGGAAGGAAGCAGACGAACGUGUCUCCAAGCUUUGCCCCACUUCAAGCGCUACGGAGGACACCUCAUCUGGCACUGCCUGCGGCGCUGUUAAGAUCACGGAUGGGCUGGUUGGCUUUUUGUCCGGCAAGUUCUCUGAUGGCACAUGGAGGGACGAGUACCUCGGCGUGAACGCCACAGUAAAGGAGAAUGAUGUUGGGGGUAAGAAGGCAACAUUGCAUGAAGGCGGUGUGACUUUCCAGGGAGCGUGGGCGCAGUGGCCCGUUGGCAAGCAGGGGGAGAAUCAGCUGUACCACUUUGCGAACUGCAACUUCACUCUUGUGGCGACGGUGUCCAUCCACAAGGUGCCGAAAGGAGACAAUCCAUUGAUGGGUGUGAAGAUGAAUGAUAAUGGGAAGACUGUACUCCUGGGACUGUCGUACAACAACAAAGAAACGAAAUGGAUUCUACUGUGUGGUGACAAAAGGUCUGAGGAGCUCAGCAGCCCUUGGGAGCCAGGGAAAAAACACCAAUUGGCCAUUGUGCUGCAGAACGGCAGCCAGGGCUCGGCGUACGUUGAUGGUCAGCCUGUGGGUGGGGAUGAACAAUGUGCAUUGGAAACUGCGGAUUCGAAGGUGAUAUCACACUUCUUCAUUGGAGGGGACGAACGCAGUGCAGGCGGCGCAGGGAGCGAAGAAGAAGUGUCUGUGACGGUGACGAACGUCCUGCUGUACAACCGCCCGUUGAUUUCCGCAGAGAUUGACGCUCUCAACCCGAAUAAACUCCCCAUUCCACCUCCGGUAGGUGGAAGUGCGCAAGGAACAUUGUUGCAAUCUCCUUCUGACGGGCAGCCGCUGUCGGAUCUUAAAUUGUUGAAUGAAGAUGAGGGUGUGGGCGGUGGCAGUGCAUCCACAUCAGCGGUGUCCACUGUAACGACUUCCUCAGGAAAAGAGCAAUCCGCAAACCAGCUGUCGUCAGGAAUAUUUUCCGGUGGAAAAAAAAAUGUGGAUGGCGGUUCUUCAUCCAAUGAUGACCAAACGGUGGGAGCGGAAGCUGGAGAUACGGUGCCGGGGGAUGGACCACCCCAAACUCCUGCGGGGACUCCCGCCACAGCAGAUGCAAACACUCCUACCGCUACUGGCAAGAAGCAAGUUGACCCCGCAGAUACAACUGAGGUGAGCGUGAGCUCUGGUGGGUAUGGGGAGACGGCGGGAGGAACGGAUGCGCAGAAGGAAGAGGUCCAUCCACAGGACGGGGACGUAAAUGCUACGGCGCUCAGCAGCAGCCUUGGAAAUUUGUCGCAGGUGAAUAACAGCGAUGCCGGCACCAUGCGUGAGAGCGGACUGCUGCCAUCGCUGCUGCUUCUGUUGGGACUGUGGGGGUUUGCGGCUCUGUGA